AUAGCCAUUGCCAGAAGCUGUUUGAAGUUUUUCUCAUACAUUGUCUGUAUAUGGUGCUUAUACAGCUUCUGUUUUCCUUCUACAUUUCAGUAAGAAUAUUCUUAUCAAGUUCAGUUAUGAUUGUAAAACAUUUUCAUAAAAUGAAGAGAGGAGAAGUUGUUAAGAUGUGUUUAUGUUUGAUAGGAAAUUUCUCGACAAAGUGUUUUCCUCAUAUGAUUUCAUAUGUAAUGUGCCUAUGUUUGGGGCACUGUCACUGGUGCAAUUAGGCUACACUGUUGCCAACCCUGUAUAUAAUAUUACACCUUGGUAUUUGUGGUGGCAGCCCUGGAGGUGCAAUAUGUAGGAGGAAUGAACCAUUGGAAUAUUUGUUGUGAAUACAUAUUUAGUGGUUGUUACCUUGCAUAUUACUGCAAAGUUAAAAAUUCUGCACCUCUAAGAACUAAGCAGGUUUAAAUGACUGUGAUAUUAAUAAAUUGUGUCCAACUUCACUUGACUUUUUUUAGGUGUUUUUGGUCUUUAUUGUCCACCAGUUGUGGCUGUUGGCAGAUGUCACCACUCUCUGGUAGGGUGCCACUUCUCCAAGAUGCAGUUGUUACAAUGGACAUAGUAUACGGGAUACAUGGCUGCCAACAUAAGAGAAGGGUAUUACAAAGAAUUGUAACUUGUCUGAACCAUGCCUCUUCUUUCUUAAUUGCUGUUUAAGAAUGUAUGGUGAUAUUCUUUUACAUUGUAUGAAAUACGAUGUGGGCACUGAAAUAAGUCCAGAUCUUCAUUUGUCUAGGUGACAGAGAUUCAUGUGCAUCGACCUGCUACAGUCUACAGGUUUAGAAGGCAUUGUGUGCAACAUUACUUUGGCAAAUUGUGUUUGUUGUGUUAUGUGAAAAUUAGCUUUUGUUGGUAAUGCAUUACAGUAUACAUGCAGUCAUUUUGGUAAAGCUCAGAUACCAGCAGUUGUGUGGGUCGCUUGAUGAGUACACUCAUUAUACACAAGAUGAAGAUAGCUUUAUCUUGUUUAUAUAAGAUUAGAAUCAAGUAAAUUCUGCAUUAAAGUUUCUAGACUUCAGAGAUACAUAGCCAGAUCAGCUUGGAUACUGCGUGACACAACUCAUAUAGCAGGUACUUGAUUGUAAUAAACUAACAAGCAAUAAAUCUUAACAUGGCAUUGUGUCAUGGAUCAGUCAUCUUAUGUGUGCUAUCAUCAGCAUUACUUUUGGGAAGUAUAGUGAGUAGUGAAGAAAGUGCUAUAGAGGAACAUGGGGGUAACCCCAAGUGUAGGGGUUUGACUAAUGAAUCAGGAAUGUUGAUGGUUGACUGCAGUUUGCAGGGCCUGAUGUCUGUGCCCACCAUCAGCCCAAGUCAGCUGGUGCAUAUACUAGACAUGUCUCACAACAUUCUACACAAGCUACAUAAUGACAGCUUUCAUCCUUAUCCAAUACUCACACGGCUGAUACUUUCAUCUGACAGUAUCACCGAAAUUGAAGUAAACACAUUUAGCAGACUUAGAGCUCUGAGGAAAGUGGAUUUAUCCUAUAACAGCCUGACAUCCAUCCAUCCUAACAUGUUUAUUCACAACACAAAACUGGAGUCGCUGUCACUACAAGGAAAUCCUCUGCGCCUACUAGAAUCCAGAACACCAUUUUUAAUAUCUACAUCACUGCGGUCAUUGGACUUGAGUCACUGUCACCUUUCAGAACUCAAUGAAGAGAGUUUAUCUCAGCUUCCAGAGCUGAAGAUUCUGAAUCUCAGCCACAACAGUUUGAAGCAACUUUUGAUGAACAGUAUGUCUGCACUUUUUUCACUUCAUCUAGUUGGCAACCCUUGGCAGUGUGACUGUCACUUCCAUUCUAUACUGAUGUGGAUAUCAGCCAAUCCAAUGGUGGACUCAGAUGUCGGAACUGACAAAACAGUCCAGUGCUGGCAGGGGGAUAGUCUCAGAAGUCUAACAACAAGGCAAGAACAGGACAGCAUCUGCAAGGUAGACAUGGGUCACCCUACCAGUCAGAAAAUAACACCUGAGUCUGCUGUUGUCAGUAGCAACAAAAAUGAAAAUAUACACAGCAGGGAGGAAGGUGCUGAGUUUGGGAUUGAAACAUUGUUGGAUGAUGUUUCCAGUAAUUAUGAUGAAUUGGGUAAAGACAGUGGUUUAUCUUCUGUCUCCAACAAACAUGGUGUAUGGAUAUAUGAAGACGAAAACCUAGACAUAUCCAGUUCUGAUGAUGAAGAUUUUGAAGAAAUGCACAAGGAUAAUAUUCCAUCUUCUGCAGCUGAAGUUCCUAUGGACCUAAAUUUGACUGUUACUGUCAAAGUUGGAGAAAAUCAUAAUGAAAUUAAUAGAGAAGAAUCAAUAAAUUCUACCAAUCAGUUCUCAGGAACACAUGGUUUUAUUCCUGAAGAUAUUGGUGUUGGUUUUGAUGAAUUUUAUGGUGAUUAUGAAUAUUCUGGAGAAAUGGACAAGGAUAUCACCUUACAUUUACCAGCAGAAAUCCAUAGCUUAGACCAUCAGAAUGAAAAGAAUGUCAGUAUGAAAAUUAGAAAGAAUCUUACUGAAAUUAGUAAAGGAGAUGAAAUCAGAGAUUCUACCAGCAAAUUUUUAAGUUAUGGUUCUAUUCCUGAAGAUACAGAUGAUUAUGAAUUGUACGAGUAUGAUGAGAUUCAAGAUUCUGAAGAAUUGUAUGAGGACAUUUCACUUUCUUCAUCAGAAAUCACAAACUUAACACUCAAGGAUGAUAAUCUAAUUACUAAUGCGCAUUAUAUUUUGGAAAAUUCAGAUUUACAAGAAUUAGACACAAAACAUCAAACAGCAAUCUCUACAUCAGGUUUUUCAAGUCAGAAUAAUGACUCAGUUAUGGAUGGCAUUGCUUCUGAUAGCAGAAGUCUUAGAGUGCCAAACUCACAUUUGACUUCCAAUGACAAAGAUGAUACCUUGAAUAACAGUCAUGGUUAUGAGUAUAAAUGCAUAUCCUGUGGUGAUAAUAAUGCACUUCCUUCUAUCCAAAUCCCAAGCUUGAAAAAUGAAAGUGCAUAUGAAUUUGCAGAAACAUCUAUUUUCUUUGAAAAUAUAAGCUCUGAAGAAACGGCUAUUGAAGAUAAAAACACAGACUAUACCAUUCAGUUCCCAAGUAUAUAUGAUGACUUUAAUCCUGAAGAUGAAGGUGAUCCAUUUGCCUUUGUUCUUGAUGAUUUAGAUUCUAUAGAAGUAGCCAAUAAUGAAACCUUACCUUUUACUACAAAUCAUCAAGAUUUAAUUGAAGAAGAUAAUUUUGAUAUUGACAGACUAAUUGCCUCUGUUCUUAAAAGCUUUUAUUCUGAAGAAAAUAUUCAGGAACAUACACCUUUAAAGAACCAAAUUAAUGAUAAACCACUUAAUGGGCUGAACCUCAGAAUAUUCAUGAUUAUAAAAUUUCUGAUUGUGGCAGGAAUGGUUUCAGUGAUAGUGUUUAUGUUGAUAGUGACAAUUUAUUGUGUUAGCAAUAUAUGCCUUACGUCUAUGCGUUCUAGGCAAGUUAUUGGCUACAAUAGAAUGGAAAAGAAUGCUUCAAAAGAUGUACUUCUGCAGAAUGUGUGAUGCAAUAUUUUAGGCAGGAUAAUGAAUUAAUCCAUGGAAUUACAGAUAUCUCAUAUUAACAAUAAUCAUAGAUAUGUGAAAUUUUGUAUGGAGAUAAUUCAUGAACAUACCUACAAAUUCUGUAUGACUCAUACUUCAUUAUUCAUUUAUAGUGACAAACAUGACAAUAGUGCAAAACUUUGAGGUUAUAUUUCACAUAUGAAACAUAGAGGGAAUCUGUAAUGGAAAUUAUAGACAGAAAGGGCAGCCUAAGAAAUGGAGAAUAUCCCUAUUUAAAAGUUACUGCAUACCCAUAUUAAAGUAAGGAGCACAGAUUUAGCUCCAUAUAAUCUUAAUCUCAGCACAUAUGAAGGUGAGUAGUCAGGCUCCUACCUCAGCCACUUUACUUCUAGAGAGAUAGCCCCUGGUACUUGUUGGAUAAAAUGCUGGGCAUGAUAAUAUGUUGACAUAGGAUGUUGCAAUAUGCCUUCCAGGUGUGUGUGGUGAUUAUUUUGCAUUUACUAGCAGAGAUGUUACAUAUUCUGAAGAAUGGUCUUCUAUCUUAAGGCAUUAUCACUGUCAAUAAAAUUCUAUCUAAUCUUAUCAUUUAAGUUAUUUAUAUUUCUAGAUAUAGAUAUUUUAUGUAUAACUGAAAAAUUGUAAUUAACAUGUAAGGUCUAAGCCUCAAGUUAAUUUUGUACUUUUUCAAGCUAUCCUUAAAGAGGAGUGUGCUGGUACUGGCGGUGAUGGCUGAAAGGGGCAUUAUAUUUUAUGUUUACUGCCAAGUGGUAUUACCUAUUAUGUGGAAAUGAUUAAUUUAAGCCUGAAUUAAAAUUAAAAGACAUCCUUA